CGGUCUUGCAGACUCCGCCAUGAUGAACAGCGGAGGGAUCGGGGUGCCCUUGGGGUUCCCUUUGGGCCCUACGUCUGUCAUCCAGGUCACAAACCUGUCCUCUGCAGUGACCAGUGAGCAGAUGCGAACCCUCUUCGGUUUCCUGGGAGACAUUGAGGAGCUACGCCUCUAUCCCCCGGACAACGCACCUCUUGCUUUUUCCUCCAAAGUAUGUUAUAUUAAGUUUCGUGAAGCAUCGAGUGUUGGUGUGGCCCAGCAUCUAACUAACACGGUUUUUAUUGACAGAGCUUUGAUAGUUGUGCCCUGUGCAGAAGGUAAAAUCCCAGAUGAAGCCAAAGCCCUUUCUCUAUUGGCUCCUGCUCCUACUAUGACAAGCCUGAUGCCUGGUGCAGGGUUACUUCCUAUACCUACACCAACCCCUUUGACUACACUUGGUGUUUCACUUGGUACUUUGGGGGCUAUACCAGCAGCAGCACUGGACCCUAACAUUACAGCACUGGGAGAAAUACCACAACCACCAAUUAUGGGAAAUGUGGAUCCGUCCAAAAUUGAUGAAAUCAGGAGAACAGUCUAUGUGGGAAACCUGAAUUCCCAGACUACAACAGCAGAUCAGCUGCUUGAAUUCUUUAAGCAAGUUGGAGAAGUCAAAUUUGUGCGGAUGGCAGGUGAUGAGACGCAACCAACGCGAUUUGCUUUUGUGGAAUUUGCAGACCAAAAUUCUGUACCUCGAGCUCUUGCCUUUAAUGGAGUUAUGUUUGGAGACAGGCCACUGAAAAUAAAUCACUCCAAUAAUGCAAUAGUGAAGCCUCCAGAAAUGACACCGCAAGCUGCUGCCAAGGAACUAGAAGAAGUGAUGAAGAGAGUAAGGGAAGCUCAGUCCUUCAUAUCUGCUGCUAUUGAGCCAGAGUCUGGAAAGAGCAGUGAAAGAAAAGGCGGUCGAUCUCGUUCCCAUUCUCGUUCAGAAUCCAGGUCUAGCUCAAAAUCCCGAUCUAGAAGGAAAAGAUCACACUCAAAACACAGAAGUAGAUCUGGCAACAGAUCGCUCUCAAGACACAAGGACAGACGCAGAUCCAGAAGUCCUCUGAAAAAACGGUCUAGGUCUAGGGAAAGGCGAAAAUCAAGAAGUCGCUCUCGUUCUCGAGACAGAGACAAGGACAGGGAAAGAGAGCGAGAUAAAGAGAGAAACAGGGAGAAGGACAAGGAGAAGGACAGGGAGAGAGAUAAAGAGAGAAACAAAGAUCGAGAGAGAGUCAGAGACAAAGACAGGGAUAGAGAAAGGGACAAAGAUAGGGACAGGGACAAGGAGAAAGAUAAGGAAAAAGACAGGGAAGAAGACAAAGAGAAGGACAGAGACAAAGAAAAGGAGAAAGAAGGGGAUAAGGAUAAGGAGCAGCGAGAAAGAGAAAAAGAGAGAGAUGAUAAAAAGAAGAAAGAUAAGCGAUCCAGAACACCCCCAAGAAGCUAUAGCUCUUCAAGAAGAUCUCGUAGCUCCAGCAGAGAAAGGCGUAAAAGAAAGAGUAGAAGUCCUUCCAAGUCUCCUAAAACUUCCAAAGCAACAAAAAGAAAGUCUUCACGAACUCCUUCUCCAAGAAGAAACAAGAAAGAAAAAAAAAGAGAAAGAGAUACAAAUAAUGAAAGAAGGGAAAGAGAACGCUCCACUUCGAAGAAAAAAAGUAGUAAAGAAAAAGAGGGGAGAGAGAAAUCUGACAGAAGUACCACAACAUUGAAGGACAAAGAUCAUGCUAAAGAGAAUCAGAAUUCAGACACCGACAAAGAAGUAGAAACCAGAGAUACACAAAGGACAGAUGAAGUCAAACUGCAACAGAAUGGAAACUGUCAACUAAAUGAAGAAAACCUCUCAGUUAAGAUGGAAGAGAUUUAAAGCAAAGAAUGGACCUCUGAUUCAACUAAGGACUAAAAUCCAAAGCUUUUAAUUUCCUAGAAAGAAGAAAAUGUCAAAGCAAUCAAUCUGAACAUAUUGAUAGUACUAGUAGCUCUUCCAAAUCUUGUGAUAGUUUUGUUGUCUUGCUGUGAAGCAAGAGAACACAGACCAGUAAUUAUACCAUGAAAAGGCAGGUACCAUCAGAAUUAUUAAUCUCUGAAAACCCAUUCAUUUCUGUGGUGGCUGUACUUAUUUGUAAAAUUAUUUAUGUUAGGUUUUACUUCAAGCUGUUACAAAUAAGUAGAGAUGAAAAAAUGCAAACCUGUACUGCCCAAAAAAAGCUGAAGAUAUGUGUUGGAGGUUUGUUAAAAUACUGCUAGUUCAUGAAUUUUAUUUUGUUUUGUUUUGCUUGUGGGUUAAAAAAUCCACAAUAACUACAAUGUGUACUGUUUGAUCUGCUUGGAAGUGGUCCAUGAAUAUGCACACUUUUUGUUGUAAUUCACAGCUGUCAAUCCCAGGAAAGGGGUUUUAAGUGUAAACAGUUACAAUUCUUAUGUUAGUUAUCCAUUGACAACUAUGUUUUUCAUUUGCUCACUGCUUGAGAUUCUUGGGAUUUAUUAUUUAAAAUAAUUUCUUACUUAUAUCCGUAAAAUUAAUACUUCUACUUUAUUUGAACGGUGCAUGCUGCUUUUCUGUUCCUAAAAGGAGCAUUGCCAUGUUAUAGACAAUAGGUUAGCUUACUGGGUUAUUUUGGAAUUGGUUUGCUUUGUUAUCAUUUGUCCUUCCAGAAGUGAGCACAUCUGUAUGAUACAGUGAAAAUACAAAGCUUUGUUUUGAGCCGUAUUGCAGUGUCUGCUCAGCUGCAAGUAGUACCGGUGCCAUUAUGAAAAUAAUUUUUUCUUACUUGUUUAAAAAAUGGGAGCACAAGCAGAAGCUUUAGUGCCUUCUUCAAAUGUGGUAUUUUCUAGAAAUGUAUACGUGCUAUUACUCACUUCAAGUUAAAUCUUAACGUGAUUGCUGUUUUGCUGCCACCAUACUGUAGACAAGAAUGCAAGUGGUGUGUCAGAAUGGUUGUUUUGAUUUACUCGUUAAAAUACUAAAGCUCUACUUGUACUUUUUUAUUUUAAGAAAAGAGAUUUAUAGCUGAAAGCCAAGAUGCAAUUUGGGGACCACCACUGUACAAAAAUUGUAGCUGAAUGCAAAGCAUUUUCUGAUCACCUGCAUCAAAGACAACCGUUUAGACAUUUAGUCUGCAUUUGGAUGGCCUUAAUUGUUACCUCUCCAUCAUUUUCUCUGAUAUGUGCUUGGUGAUAGAAAAGGACUUGUGUGCAAAGAAGGGGGAUAGAUAAUUUGGGGAUAAAACUUCUCAUUUACACGGCAGCUGUAUGGUAGACAUUCUUUCAUUCUUUGAGGAAGAAGCAUGUAAGAAGAGGAUUAUAAAGCAAGUAUUUUUAUCAAGGUAAAACACAGCUUGUGUUCUCUGAACUUGUGUUAUCAGUUGGUUACAUGAGAUUUCUUAAGAGUCAUACAUUAAAAAUUUAAUUGUACCUGAAAUUGAGCAGAUUAUUUUUAAUACAACUUAAUACAAUCAAGUUACUUAAUUGCCUUACCUCACGGGAAGAGUUAUUUCUUUCAGUUUAAAAAUAUCCCACUUAAUACCAUAUUAGGUAUUUGCUUUCAAUUUGUUUUUCUUUUCUUUUGCAUAGUUAAUUAUUGGGAGGGUGGGGAAUAAAGGCAAGCAUAUUACAAGGAGUGAAAAACUUGCCCAAUUCUUAAGAUCAUGAAACUCACUUGGAUUGUGAAGCUUCUUAAUCACUUCAUUUUUGGUAGGAUUUAAUGUUGUUGCUACUGUGUACUUCUAAGACUACAUAGAAAAUGCUUUACCAUGUAAAGUAUAGACAGUCAUUUUUGUGAUGUUUAAGCCACAUGCUGUUGGCUGGUAAACAGCUUAUUCUGAUAAAAGAAUGACAGAUCUGUAUGCUUACAGGAAGGCUACGAAGGAUUGUCUUGCAACAACAGCUGUCUUAUUUAUGAUGUGUAAGUAGCAUAGAGCAAAGAGAUUGUUUGUAUACUUGUUAUCUUUGGUACCAUUUCACUAAUAAAAUUAAGUAUUUUA